CUGACUGACUGACUGUUGUCAAUUGUCAAAAUUAAAUCGUCAUUAUUAUUUAUUAAAUUAUUAAUUAUUUUUGCGCACGUAAUUAUUUAGACAUUUUUAUUAAAAUCAUAUAAAAUAUAAUUAAAAUGUUUGCUUCCAUAAAAACCUUUUUCAAAUGGGGUCCCACGAAGAGCAUUGAAACCAAAAAUAAAACGUCUUCUUUAUUAUUUGUUAUAUUUGUAAAUAUCCUUGAAGAUGUUUUAUUUUGGAAAAAAAUAUGGUUGACUUUGUUAUUCUUUUUAUUUUUUAACGUUGUGUUUACAUCGUGUGUAUGUCGACAGUUAAAUAUAUUACAGUUUAUUUCUGGAUUUUCUAUUUUAAUUAUAAGUAUCGAUGCGUUUGAGGCAUGGCUAAAAUAUAAACAUCGCACUGCAUGCCUGAAAAGACUAGUUUAUCACGAAAACAAUAAUAUAAAAUUAGUCGCCCUUAAAGUUCAAACCUCGAUCGAAAAUAUGUGGACAGGUUUUAUACAUUUACGUGAUAGAAAUCAUACUAAAGCUUUUUUGCUGCUUCAGAUAAUAUUGACUAUUAUAAUGUUAAUCGGAAAAUAUAUCAGUGGGUACACAUUAGUAUAUUUGCUCUGUACAGUAAUAUUUUUCUUGAAUAAAUUAAUACCUCCUUUGGUAAAUAUUUUAAAAAAAGUGCAGCAAAAUGCAGAAUCAGAUUUUGAACUCGAAGGUCUUAUCCCAGAAGAAACUGAUGUAAAUUUAGAUUUACUGUCUAUUGAACCAGAUCAAAAACCUAUAAGGGAUGAAAAACAAAGUUUAGAUUAUUGGAAACCAGAGGACUUGCCUUUUGAAGAAGCAAGUGACAGUUCCGAUAACAGUAGCUCAUUAGUCACAAAUUUAUCAAUUGAAAAAAUGCAAACACUUUCAAAAGACGUUGAAAUCUCUGACUCUAGUGAAGAUGAGUAUAUGCCGCAAGCACUGCCAUCUGAACAGAUUCAAUCUACCUUAGAUGUACAACCAGUUGGAACCUGGAGUAAUGCUGCUUUUAAUGUUUUGUCUAAUUUUGGAGGAGCUGUUGCUAACAUGGUAUAUACUAAAGAUGAUAAGAAAAGGAAACGAAUUUCGAGUGUUGAUUCAUCAGAUGGAUUUGAAAUAAUUGACAAAACUGACUUACAGUAGACUAUGUACUUAAAAGGAAUAAAAUAUAAAUCAAAGAUUUUAUUGUCACUAAAUAAUAGGGUUACAGUAAAAGAUAUAGAAACCAUA